CCACACUCCAGUCCAAUAGGUGGCAGUAAUACACUUUUUUGGUGAGACGUCAAACGCCUAUUUUCAAAAAAGAAAUUGUUCAAAACGGCUUGGCUCUGAAAUAUAGAUUAUGGAGUGUGAGAUUCAGCGAUUGCAGCAGAAAGCAGAAGAGGCACAAGAGGCUCUUCAGAAGGCAGCACAGUAUGGACUUCAGCUCUUGGAUGACAAAAUGGAUCUACAAAAUAUGUUGGAGGAACAGCGAAUUGAGAUGACAUCUCUAAUUGAGGGCUUGGAGCAAGAAAAAUAUUCACUGCAGAGAGAAGUGGAGCUAAAAAACCGCAUCCUGGACAGCCUUAAUUCAGAAUUUGAUGUUGUCAAAAAACAACAAAAGCAUCUGUUGGAACAGCAACAAGCAACAUUUGAGUGGCACCAUGCAGUGGAAUGCACUGAAUACAAGAACAAGGUGGAUAAGUUGAAAGGGGAUCUAGAUGAGGCUAAGCUUCUUGAGAAACAGCUGAGACAUAAGUUGGAAUUGCAGUCUCAAGCUUUAACCAGCAAAAAUGAGGAGCUACGCAGAAUGUCUGAACCUGCUGAUGAAACUAUGUCUUCAGAGAUCUUGGCGCUACAAAUCCAGAAAAUGGACCUGGAAUCAUCUAAGGCUGCCAUAGAACAGAAGCACCAGGAUUUGAAAUACAAAGAACAGCAGUUGGAGCUGGCUAAUUGUAUCCUCCAGAGGCAACUAGAGACACUUGAAAUUGCAAAGGAAGAAAAAGAAAAAGAGGCCAUGACACUUUACAGUGCUUUGGAGAAAUCCAGGGAAGCCAACCAGGACCUUCAAAUACAAUUGGACCAGGUGUUGCAGCAAGCACAGGAUCCAAACAGCAAAGGAAAUUCAUUGUUCUCUGAGGUAGAGGACAAGCGUGCAGAAAUAGAGAGACAAUUGAUCAGUGUAAAAGUACAAUACCAGUCUCUUCAAAAACAACAUGCUUUUACUAAACAGCAGAUGAUUCGCAUGAAGGUGCAGAUAUCUAAUAUGAUGCAGCUUCAGGGCAUUAGAGCUGAUCCAGCCCAGCUUGAGCGAUUACAGUUCAUGUUGUCCGAGAAGACCAGUGAACUAGAAACCUUGAUGAAGAAAGUGCAACAAUUAGAGAAGGUGAAGGUGGCACUUGAGAAUCAGUCCACUGGUGUCUCCAAGGAUAUUGAGUUUGUGGAUGAGACCUACUACACUGAUCUUUUGAAAAUGCAACUGUCGAAUUCAAAGAAAUUUGCAGAGAAAAUAAAGGAGGAAUUAUCCAUGGCAAGAAUGAAAGCCCUUUCUGAGAGUCACAGAGUGCUUGAGUUGGAAAGGAAACUCUUUGCAGCAGAGAAUUCUUUAAAGCAAGGACGCAUUGAUAUUAUCAAGCUCCAAGUGAAAAUUGAAGAACUCCAGAUGAAAUAUGAGCCUAAUGAGCUGAACAAGUCACAAGUUCAAAAGUGCAAGCGGGAGAAAUUUCCACAAAACUUAUCUGAUGAGUCUGGCCAUAACAGCAUGGAAACUCCUAGCCUGAAGACUGAGAACAAGAAAAAGGCUGUAGAUGGAAAAGACCCAGGAUGUAGUUCUGUCAUCCCUUGUGACACCAAAUGUGUUCGUAUCUGUGAGAAUGCGCCUUUCUCUAUUCCUGUUUCCCCAAGGCCUUCAGUGAAUGACUGCAUUAGCACAGCCACCCAAAAAAUGCUAAAAUGGGAUGAGGAAGGAGAAAACUGGAGCUCUGAAAAGUGCAAGAAUUUCCAAACACCUGUUCAUGUUGACUCAGAGAACACAAUGGAAAGGCAGUGUGCUCAACAGUAGUCAUCUUGUCUCUACUAUUUAGAGUUGUUACUUGUCUAACUCUUAUUUGAUAAAAGUUAAUAGACAAUAGCUUGGUGUGUUCUAUAAUAUUUGUCUAAAUCUGUUUGUAAUCUUGUCUAAACAGCAGAUCACCCACAAAUGGCAUGAUGUCCACAUGUAUAUUGUGUGUUUAGAGACCUUGAAAGCCAGCAAUAUUAUUUACAUGUGAA